AUGGGUUGGCAAAUCGUUCGCAAGACUUCUAAAGAGCCUGGCAAGCGCAGCAGAUUAUGGGAACAGAAGGAUAUCUCUCAUAUUUUGAAAUGGGAAACGGGAGCUCAAGAAGUUGAAGGCAUAUUCUUCAACCUAUCUGGUUUAGAGGAGAUGAACUUUACCACUAAAGCCUUUUCCCAGAUGACUAAUCUUAGGUUGCUUGAAAUCUACCGAUCUAAUCUUCGAGAUACCGGGGGAAAGAUGCAAUGUAAAUUGCACAUUUCUGAUGACUUCAAAUUUCAUUACGAUGAGUUGAGGUAUCUACAUUGGGAUGAAUACCCAUGUGAAUCACUGCCAUCCGAUUUUGAGUCCGAGAAUCUUGUUCACUUCUGCAUGCCUCGUAGCCAUCUUACUCAGCUCUGGAAAGGACAAAAGGUCUUUGGACACCUCGAAUUUGUGGAUGUCAGUUACUCCCAAUACCUAAAAAAAACUCCCGAUUUUUCGAGAGCCACAAAUCUUGAAGUUUUGGUUCUCAAAGGAUGUACAAAUUUGCGUAAGGUUCACCCAUCCCUUGGAUACUUGAGCAAACUUAUUUUGUUGAAUAUGGAAAACUGCAUAAACCUUGAGCAUCUUCCAAGCAUCCGUUGGUUGGUAUCCCUUCGAACCUUUAUUCUCUCGGGUUGCUCAAAGCUAGAGAAGUUACAAGAAGUUCCACAGCAUAUGCCAUAUUUAUCAAAACUCUGUUUAGAUGGGACUGCUAUAACAGACUUUUCUGGCUGGUCAGAACUUGGAAAUUUUCAAGAGAACUCAGGGAAUUUAGACUGCUUAAGUGAGCUCAAUUCAGAUGAUUCCACCAUAAGACAACAACAUUCUUCCAGUGUUGUCCUGAGAAAUCAUAAUGCAUCUCCUUCGUCUGCGCCUAGAAGAUCACGUUUCAUUAGUCCUCAUUGCACCUUAACCUCACUGACGUAUCUGAACCUUAGUGGAACCUCCAUCAUUCACCUACCUUGGAACUUGGAACGACUUUCUAUGCUGAAGAGGCUUGAGUUGACAAAUUGCAGAAGGCUUCAAGCACUGCCAGUGCUUCCUUCAAGUAUAGAAUGUAUGAAUGCAAGUAACUGCACAUCACUGGAACUCAUCUCCCCUCAGUCAGUUUUCAAACGUUUUGGAGGUUUUCUAUUUGGUAAUUGCUUCAAACUGAGGAACUGUCAUAGUAAGAUGGAGCAUGAUGUACAGAGUGUGGCAUCGCAUGCUGUCCCAGGUACAUGGAGGGACACUUAUGCUAUCUGGCAUCCUAACGUUGCGAUCCCGUUCAGCACUGUUUUCCCUGGUAGUGAAAUACCGGAUUGGUUCAGGCAUCAUAGCCAAGGGCAUGAAAUAAAUAUAGAGGUUCCUCCAGAUUGGUAUAUUAAUAGCAACUUCCUGGGUUUUGCUCUUUCUGCUGUUAUGGCACCGCAGCACGACUCCCGGGCUUGGUGUAUGUACUGCGACUUGGAUACCCAUGAUCUUAAUUCCAAUUCCAAUUCCCAUCGCAUAUGUUCCUUCUUUGGUAGCUGGACUUACCAACUUCAACGUACACCAAUUGAAUCAGAUCAUGUAUGGCUGGCGUAUGUUCCAUCAUUUUUCAGCUUCAGUCGUGAGAAAUGGAGUCACAUUAAGUUUUCAUUUAGUUCAAGCGGGGGCUGCGUUGUGAAGAGUUGUGGGUUUUGUCCAGUGUACAUUAAAGGUACCAGUGAUGAAGGGGAUUAUUCCAGUGGAAUUGCCUUUGAUGAGCCAAGAAGGCAUGCAGCCAAACCCUCCCGUAUCUCAUACCAGUAG